ACCGAGAAGGGACUUGGUCUUCUGUCGCUCAGGUCAACCCCGACGAAACAUCCGCCCCCAUCUCCGGCUGCGAGAGCUCUCCAGAAAGUUCUGCACCGUGGAGCGGCUAUAAGAGCCAGCCAUCUUCCUUCAGCAGCCUCACAGUAACUCGAGCUAGGACUAAGAUAGUGACAACACCUGGGUGUCAUCAUGGUUCACGAAACCGGUUACUACGAUCUGUUGGGUGUCAGCCCCAAAGCCUCGGUGGAUGAAAUCAAAAAAGCCUACAGGAAACUCGCAUUGAAAUAUCAUCCUGACAAGAACCCGGCUGAAGGGGACAAGUUCAAGCAUAUAUCUCAAGCAUAUGAGGUGCUGUCAGAUCCACAGAAGAGAGAGCUUUAUGACCAAGGAGGAGAACAAGCAAUCAAGGAAGGGGGCAUGGGUGGAAGGUCGUCCCCAAUGGACAUUUUCAACAUGUUCUUUGGAGGUGGAGGAAGGAUGCAGAGAGAGAGAAGAGGGAAGAAUGUCAUGCACCAGCUCAAUGUUACACUGGAGGAGAUGUACAAAGGCACCACAAGGAAGCUUGGCCUUCAGAAGAAUGUCAUCUGUGAAAAAUGUGAUGGUUACGGUGGUAAGAAAGGUGCCUUGGAGAAGUGCUCAAACUGCAAAGGAAAAGGAGUACAAAUCAAGGUGCAACAGAUCGGGCCAGGCAUGAUUCAGCAGAUCCAAAGCAUGUGUCAAGACUGCCAGGGACAGGGUGAGAAAUUUAACUCCAAGGACCGCUGCAAGAACUGCCAUGGGCACAAAGUAGAACGCAAGAAGAAAAUUCUCGAAGUUCACAUUGACAAAGGUAUGAAAGAUGGUCAGAGAAUUACAUUCCAUGGCGAGGGCGACCAGGAACCUGGACUGGAGCCUGGGGAUGUAGUUAUUGUGCUGGAACAGAAGGAGCACACGGUUUUCCAGAGACAAGACGAUGAUUUGGUAAUGAAGAUGAACAUCAAACUUGUUGAGGCCCUUUGUGGUUUCAAGAAGACUGUUCAGACAUUAGACAACAGAAUGAUCAUCAUCAGCUCAGAAGCAGGUGAAGUAAUAAAACACGGUGACGUCAAAAGUGUUCAGAAUGAGGGCAUGCCAAUCUACAAGAAUCCUUGCGAAAAGGGACAGCUUAUCAUUCAAUUCCAAGUGGACUUCCCAGAAAAACACUGGCUCCCAGAACAUCUCAUGUACCAACUGGAAAGACUGCUUCCUCCAAGGGAGGAUGUGAUGAUAACUGAUGACAUGGAGGAGGUGGACCUCUGUGACGUGGAUGCGCGGACAGAACAGAAAAACAACAGCGGGGAAGCUUACGAGGAAGACGACGAGGGACCCAGAGGCGGAGUGCAAUGUCAGACACAGUGAUCCAUGUCUGGGAUAACAAAAAAAUAGGUUGUUAGAGCAUGUGUGGUUUAUUUUUGUUGUUGCUCUGGACACUCCUGGGACAUAAAUAUGCAAGUGGAGUACUCAUUUCACAUUUUUGUGGCCCAAUCUAUCAAACCUGUGUUUUUGUGUUACUGUCUAUUCUGUUCUCUAUUUCUAUUAAUUAUUAAGAUCCAUGUUUUUCAUAUGUUCGUGUUCCUUUAAAAUCUAUGGCACAAUUCUUUUUUUCCAUUCAGAAAGGACGACUCGUAUGCUUUCUGUGAAGGUAAUUUCAGUCAUGACAAACAUUUUCAAUAUUUCUCAAUAAAAGUCACGGAAUGCA